CCUGCACAUGUCUCGCUAUUUAGGAAGACGUCUUCCCCCUCUCUCGACUCUCCCCGGAUUGUCGUUUUGCUCCUAAUUCAUCCACCCCAAGUCUUCGACAAUGGCCCCUCCCAAGUUUAUGGGCCUUUCGGGCAGGCCCCUUUCGCUAGCAGUUUCGACUGUUGCGACAACGGGCUUCCUUCUCUUCGGAUAUGACCAAGGUGUCAUGAGCGGUAUCAUCACCGCCCCGGCCUUCAACCACAUGUUCAAAGAAACCGACGACAACCCGACGAUGCAAGGGUUGGUCACCGCCAUCUACGAGAUCGGCUGCUUGGCGGGUGCCAUGUUCAUUCUCGGUGUGGGCGACCUCCUCGGCAGACGGAGGGCCAUCAUGCUGGGUGCUUUCAUCAUGUUGCUGGGCGUGAUCAUCCAGAUCACCGCCAUGCCUGGGGCAUCACCCCUCGCGCAGCUGAUCGUGGGCCGAGUCGUCAUGGGUGUCGGAAACGGCGUGAACACGUCGACGAUCCCAACCUACCAAGCCGAGUGCAGCAAAACAUCCAACAGAGGACUCCUUAUCUGCAUCGAGGGUGGUGUCAUCGCCUUCGGUACCUUGAUCGCCUACUGGAUCGAUUACGGAGCUUCCUACGGCCCUGAUGACCUCGUCUGGCGAUUCCCCAUUGCCUUCCAGGUCAUCUUCGCCAUCUUCAUUAUCGUUCCCAUGUUCUUCCUCCCGGAGUCUCCCAGAUGGCUUCUGAGCCACCAGCGCAUCGAAGACGCCGACAAGGUCAUUUCCGCCAUCCGUGGCUACGAGCUCACUAGUGAAGAGACCCUCCUCGAGCGCAACCUCAUCAUGGACUCCCUUCGCGCCGCCGGCGGGUUCGGCCAAAAGAGCACCCCGGUCAAGGCUCUGUUCACGGGCGGCAAGACGCAGCACUUCCGACGUAUGCUCCUGGGCUCCAGCGCCCAGUUUAUGCAGCAGAUCGGUGGCUGCAACGCCGUCAUUUACUACUUCCCAAUUCUCUUCGAGGAGUCCAUCGGCGAGGACCACAACAUGAGUCUUCUCCUGGGCGGUGUCAACAUGAUCGUCUACUCCAUCUUCGCCACCACCUCGUGGUUCCUCAUCGAGCGCGUCGGCCGGAGACGCCUGUUCUUGAUCGGCUCCAUCGGCCAAUGCCUCAGCAUGGUUAUCACCUUUGCCUGCUUGAUCCCCGACAACAGGAUGACGGCCCGUGGUGCCGCUGUCGGUCUCUUCACCUACAUCGCCUUCUUCGGCGCCACCUGGCUGCCGCUGCCUUGGCUCUACCCGGCCGAGGUGAACCCGGUCAAGACGCGCGGAAAGGCCAACGCGGUCAGCACGUGCGUCAACUGGCUCUUCAACUUCCUCAUCGUCAUGGUCACCCCCAUCAUGGUGCGCAACAUCGGCUGGGGCACCUACCUCUUCUUCGCCUCGGUCAACGCCUGCUUCAUCCCCGUCAUCUACUUCUUCUACCCCGAGACGGCCCGCCGCUCGCUCGAGGAGAUCGACAUCAUCUUCGCCAAGGGCCACGUCGAGAAGAUUUCGUACGUCAAGGCCGCCAAGGAGCUGCCGCACCUGGAGCCGGUCGAGAUCCAGCAGUACGCCAAGCAGUAUGGUCUCGUUGAGAGGACUUCCGCUGAAGGAGGCGGCCGUGACGCUCGCGACACCGAGGAGAAGCCCGCCCUCAGCGGUGGCUCGUCCAACAACAGCAACGACGCGGUUAUCAACGAGCGCGGUGCGGAUGCUGGCCUGGGCGAUGGUGUGAACGCGUCUGACCGGGCGGACCGGGACUAGAUUUGAGAACGGCAGUGUGUGGAGAGGUUGAGCGUUGAUUAUUGAUGAGAUCCAGGAGACAGGCCUGGAUGAUUGGAGAUGUGUUGUUUUCAUUCUUCAAGAACUGAUGCCGUAGGGUUCCUGUUGCGGUGCAACAUUGGAAAGGGAUGUGGGCGGCCUUGUGCAUACGGUGCUUGAUCAAGGUAGAGCAGGAUACCCCGGGGACGGUGUGA